CUCCUCUACAAUUUUUUUCAAAAACUCUCCAAAAAUGAGUGAAAUUAUUAAACUAGACGUUGGCGGAACUAUAUUCAAAACUUCAAAAGAUACAUUAACAAAGUUCCAUAGCUUUUUCAAAACUAUGUUGGAAUGCAAAACUGGGCCGAAAAUUGAAAAAACCGGAUGCAUUUUCAUAGAUCGGUCCCCGAAACACUUUGAAUUGAUUCUGAAUUUAAUGAGAGAUGGUGAUCUGCCACUGCCAGAAGAUGAAAGAGAGCUGAGAGAAUUGAUGGCAGAAGCUCAAUUCUACUGGUUGGAUGGUCUAGUCUUAAUGUGCUGUGAUAAACUUAAUUCUACAAAAAAGGUCCAAAUUGAUCAAAGAGCAAACACUAAAAAAUAUGAUUUAUCAUGGUUUUUUGUUUUUUCAAUAAUUUUUUUGGUUUUAGUGUUUGUGUAUUACAUGCCUGCACUAAAAGGCUAUUUUAUUGUUGAAAAAAGAAAUAAAUGUUAUCUUUUUUAG